GGGAGGGGGAGCUGGGAUUUGGGCCGCGGCGGGAGCCCGAGUCGCCGUCACUCGAGUGCGCAGGCGCCUGGCGGUUACCGGUCUCGCCAUGGAGCGGAAAGUGCUCGCGCUCCAGGCCCGAAAGAAAAGGACCAAGGCCAAGAAGGACAAAGCCCAAAGGAAGCCUGAAACUCAGCACCGAGGCUCUGCACCCCACUCCGAGAGCGACAUCCCAGAGCAGGAGGAGGAGAUCCUGGGGUCUGACGACGAUGAGCAGGAAGACCCCAAUGACUACUGCAAAGGAGGUUAUCAUCUUGUGAAAAUUGGAGAUCUAUUUAACGGGAGAUACCAUGUGAUCCGGAAGUUGGGCUGGGGACACUUUUCCACAGUGUGGUUAUCGUGGGAUAUUCAAGGAAAGAAAUUUGUGGCAAUGAAAGUAGUUAAAAGUGCCGAACAUUACACAGAGACAGCGCUAGAUGAAAUCCGGCUGCUGAAAUCGGUUCGGAAUUCAGACCCAAAUGACCCAAAUGGAGAAAUGGUUGUUCAACUACUGGAUGACUUUAAGAUAUCAGGUGUUAAUGGAACGCAUAUCUGCAUGGUGUUUGAAGUGUUGGGGCAUCAUCUACUCAAGUGGAUCAUCAAGUCCAACUAUCAGGGGCUUCCACUGCCUUGUGUCAAAAAAAUCAUCCAGCAAGUGCUGCAGGGCCUGGACUAUUUACACACCAAGUGCCGCAUCAUCCACACGGACAUCAAGCCAGAGAACAUCCUGCUGUCCGUGAACGGCCAGUACGUGCGGAGGCUGGCUGCAGAAGCCGCGGAAUGGCAGCGAUCUGGGGCGCCCCCGCCUUCUGGGUCUGCAGUCAGUACUGCUCCACAACCUAAGCCAGCUGACAAAAUGUCAAAGAAUAAGAAGAAGAAAUUGAAGAAGAAGCAGAAGCGCCAGGCAGAAUUACUAGAGAAGCGAAUACAGGAAAUUGAGGAAACGGAGAAAGAGUCGGGCCCUGGGCAAGAAAGACCUAACCAGCCAGAAGAACCAGAGAGUCCUGUUGAAAGACCCUUGACAGAGAACCCACCUAAUAACAUGACCCGAGAGAAACUUGAAGAGUCCAGUUCCCCUGGCCAGGAUCAGACACUCACGGAACGUGAUGUAGAGGGUGGUACAGCAGAAGUUAAUUGCAAUGGAGUAAUUGGAAUCGCUAAUUACACUGAAAACAGUAAUAAUGAAACAAUGAGGCUUAAAGAGGACCUACGUAAUGCUAACGACUGUGAUGCGCACACUUUGAAGCAGGAACCUAGUUUCCUACACUCCCCAAAUGGAGACAGCAGUGCAUCUCAAGAAACGGAUUCUUGCACACCUGUGACCUCUGAGGUGUCAGAGACCAUGGUGUGCCAGUCCUCUGUAGAGCAGUCACUCAGCGAGCAGGACGCCAACCAUCUUGAGGACAGCAUUCGGGCGGAGACACCUUCUGGGGAUGAGCAGGAGCAGGAGCACAACGGGCCGCUGGACAGCAAAGGAAAAUUCACUGCUGGAAACUUUCUUAUUAAUCCCCUUGAGCCAAAAAAUGCUGAAAAACUCAAGGUGAAGAUCGCUGACCUUGGGAACGCCUGCUGGGUGCACAAGCAUUUCACUGAAGACAUCCAGACACGGCAGUAUCGGUCAUUGGAAGUCCUGCUAGGAUCUGGCUACAACACCCCUGCUGACAUCUGGAGCACCGCGUGCAUGGCCUUUGAACUAGCCACAGGUGACUAUUUGUUUGAGCCUCAUUCAGGGGAGGAUUACACGCGAGAUGAAGAUCACAUCGCUUUGAUCAUAGAACUUCUGGGGAAGGUGCCUCGCAAGCUCAUUGUGGCGGGAAAAUACUCCAAGGAAUUUUUCACCAAAAAAGGUGACCUGAAACACAUCACCAAGCUGAAGCCUUGGGGACUGCUGGAGGUCCUGGUGGAGAAGUACGAGUGGCCCGAGGAGGAGGCUGCUGGCUUCACGGGCUUCCUGCUGCCCAUGCUGGAGCUCGUCCCUGAGAAGAGAGCCACUGCUGCCGAGUGCCUCCGGCAUCCGUGGCUGAAUUCCUAAGCCCUCCUGCCUCUGUAUGGAGCUCGUCACUGACCCACCCGGCCCUUCCCUCUGACACACCCCCUCUUUCCUUUUCAGGGUGAAGCUCUUUCUUCAAGGGUUUCUGAUUUUUUUCUUAAUCCAACAUGUUCAUUUGGGUUUGCUUCCUUGAUCCUGUGGAAAUCCCCACAGCCAUUGGGCAUCCUAGGUGAAUUUGGCCUUGGUUGGGCUCUGCCAAAGACUAAACGUAUGAACAGCCUCACCCUCUGCCCUGCCCUUUCCUUUAGGUUGUCAGUGCCCUUUUUAAAGAGCUGUAAGACCUGCGAGCCUGUCCUUAAUUCACUGACUCUAAGAGUCAUAUUUUCUAGUGCAUAUCCCGCUGCCAGCACACGGCUGAGGAGGGGAAGGGUGUGAAUUCUGUGAACAGCGGAGACAUUAAACGUGCUGUAUCCAGGCCGCCUCAUCUUCCUGGAUUCUUUCUGUGUUUCCUAUGUUCACAUUUUUACCCCCUGCGACUUUUAUGCUAUGUUUUUCGAUGGGCACCGUUUUGUCACUGUUGAGAGCACUGUCAAUUCCUCUCGUCCUCUCACACCUAAGGCCCUGGAAUCUGGAGUCUGAUUUUUAAUGUGGACAGAACAGAAGCAGCGAGUGACAGUCCCUGGGAGCCUCGGGUGGUGUGGAACUAGUUCUUGUCCAUGUCUUCUGUUGCUUUGGUCUGCUCUUCCUGUUUUGAGCACCCUUCUGGCACUUCUGAGCUUGAGUGGACUGUCCUGUACUAGAACACUGGGGUGAUCCGGACGGGAGGUUUGGGGUUCAGAGCUGUCCCAUCUGGGGAGUGUUCCCACAUUCCAAGUCCUUCCCAGACAUCUCUCUUCUUUCAUCCAGUUUUUCCUGCCUUGCCUAGAGUUCUGGCUUGACUCAGUUUCCCCAUGUGGCUUUGCUGUUGUCAUUUCUCAGAGGCUUGGGGUCUUUCAUGAAACCUUGGGUGAGGAGCCAAGGGGAUGGGAGGAUGGUGCUUUUCUCGUUCUUUCCCUCUUGGUUUUGACAUUAGCCAUCCUAUGCUGCUAUUUCCUUGUAUAGUGUAAGUUUUUAACUACAAUUUUGAGAUGAUUGAAAUGUACUUGAGGCUUUUUCUUCUUAAUGCAAAAAGGCUUUGUGAAUUUGGUUUUAGGCUCGGCCUCUCAUAGACUUGAUUACCUAAACAUUACAUGUUCCUUAGGUGAAGCAAGCAUCAGGAGGACAGGCUUGGGGUCACAUGACAGCUGCUUGCUCAUUUAGCAAGGACCAAGUGGGCCUUGACUACAGCACUCUGGGAGCAGCUCACCCCCUUACUUGCAGAAAGCCACGGAGGUGCAAGCCAAGGCUCCCCUAGCAAGCCGAGUGAGAUGGCCCCUGCCUCCUGCCUGUAUGGAAGAUGGAGAGUCACCCUCUGAUUGGCUCACCAGCAAGCAGCCUCCUGUAACUCCUCAGCGUCACCUGAGGAACUGGCCGGCCAUUCAUUGGCUCUUGAUUGGCUACUGCUGGAACCAGCCGUGUUCCUGUAGAAAGAAUCUGUCAGGCUACCUAUGCAC